CAACAUCCCUCCAACAUCCUACAUCCUGCAACAUCCUGCCCCCAACAGCCAAUCUUUCACUCCUGUAGAUCUAAUCCUCCGAUGGGCAAGCUCGACCCCCGUCCCGGGACCUCAAUCCCACCUCCAUAUAGCACGACGAUCGGCUGCCUCCAGCUAUCCCGUAACGACCACCUCCGACUGAUCAACCUCCCCCCAGACCUGAUCCAGGUGGCAAGACAUACCAUCGUCGAGACCUGGCCAAAAGGGAUUCAAAAGGAAGGUGAUUUCGAGGGGUGUGCUUGGGAGUUCAAGUUGAAGGGGAAUCCAUGGCUAGCUCAGGGGGACGAAGCCAUCCCCGCCCGCCGACUCCUAAAAUCCCUCAUCCAAGCUUUCGAAAGAACAGGUUGGGGAGUGUAUACGGCUUGCGGGUUGAGUAAAGAACCCGGGGAUAAGGACACGAUCUUCUUCCACCAAACCGGCGUUCCACGGUCCCGCCCUUUCUGCUCGAUCUCGUUUAACAAGGGGGACAGGCUCCGGUUAAUCGAUGCGGUCUCCCCAGAUGUCUCCAGGGCGUUCGAGAGCGUGGCGCAGACCUGGUUCCUAGGCACCAAACCCCCUUCCUCCAACCCCUUCUCCCGCUCAUCGGCCGCCAAAGACGACCCCGGGUGUCUCGAGGUGAAACUCGGGGGUACGCCUUGGUACGCGUCGGACGGGAUCGAGGUCGUCCAGGCCAGGGUCUUAUGCUGCAGACUACUCGAAGCCAUGCAGAGCGUCGGCUUAGAACUGGUCGUCAGCGUCGACAUGUCGACCGGAGGAAGCGGGAUGGAUCUUUGCACUUGGUUCUUGGCGCCGACUUUAGCUUGAGCGCGAAUGUACCGGACGAGUCAACGGCAUAUCAAGAAAGGGUUUUCCCUGAGCUACAGGAGACGGGACCAACUCUUAUUGUACAGUAUAAUCGAGUCUCUCAAACCCAGUCGGCAAGGGGACGGAAAUGUAUCGCAUCUGUUGUAACGUAGAGGGAAAGACGACAACUCGGCGAGUGUGACUUUAUUCGUACGGUACUGUAUGGUAGUACCGAGUCAUAUCAGAAAUGAUGAAGAGUGGG